UCUCUUCGUGUGGCCUCUCUUCUCCCUUCCCGCAUGUCAUGGCGACGAAGGGGAAACAAACCUCACCGGCAGGAACGAGGCUGGCUUGUUCGCACUAGUUCAGCUGACCCAUUAAAAGCAGAUCCUUCAUUAAAUUAACACAUCCUGCUUCUCCCGGCGACGGGCAGCGGCAUCCGCGGCGAAGGAGGAGAAAGGGACGACGGGUUGCGCCCAGAGGGAUGUACUACGGGGAAAUCCUCGCCGCGCCGGUGUAGGGUCGUCGGAGGGAGAGGGUCGCUGGUGACUGGUGAGCUCGCUUCCCUUAGCAGCGGCCCUCGGAACGGGAUGCAAUGGUGCAGGUCCAGAACUUUCGGAAAAGAAGGUGGCGGUGGCUUCACCACACUAUCUAGUUUGCUGGCCGGUCCAGGACACACCGGGAAAGCAGCUCGGCUACUUACAGGAGAAGCAUACGAUGCCUGAUCACUCCUACACAAAUGGUAAGCAGGUGAGGAGUUCAUUGCUCAAACAAGCAUAUCACUGGCCGGUACAAAGUGCUUUACACCACGCAGGCUUUGCCCUGAUCCUGAUGAAAGCGGCUGGUGUAGGUGAGGUUUGAAAUUUGAAUUCUCUUCUUUCUGUCGGUGCUCUAAAGUGUAAACACUUUGCCAGGAUAGCAGGGUUUGUGUCUAUUCUGGUUGUAGUACUACGUUGCUAAACUAAUACUUGCAUUGUAGUAUGUGCCACGCCGGAUUAUGUUUCGUUUCAGUUAAGUACGACAGAGGAGUACUCCCACCUUGAAAAGAAAAAACUCACGAACAGCGUCUCAGUAGAAACAAGUGGAUCAGUGCCUUGGCUCAGUGGUUAGUUAUGCAGCCUAACAAUCCAAGUUCAAUUCCUAGAAUUGACAGGUGAUGCACAGGGGUUUUUCCUCAUUUAUUGAGGGUUAAGAUUGGUCUGUUGUGGAACCACCCAUCAAGAAAUAUCUUGAUACUCAUUUAAAAAAAAUUGAGGACCAUAUUUAUAUUGGUACUCAUACUAAAAUAGUUGUAUGCAUCCAUAAUUGGUGCAGAGGCCGGGAAGUGAAAAUCUCUCCCAUUUUAACCCUGUUUUGAGGCAUCUACUGUCGCCGCUGCCACUGGUGUUGGCCGCGGCGGCGCCCGGUGCUAAGGCGCUGAGGCAGGAAGAGGUGGCGGCAACCACUCAAGGCGGUUGGGGCACCUCGGGUUGGGGGCUUCACACCGCGGCCAGGGCAGCUCCCUGACCAUGUGGCGGUAACCGACGACCCCAUGGCUGGUGGUGCUGGCGAUGGUGGGCAUGGCGGCAACCGCAGAUCUGGAUCCCAUCCAAAUCCGUUGUUGAUUCUUCACUUGGAUGGUCGGCGGCGCGAUAAGGGCUUCGGUGAGGGGAUGGAGGAUCUUCGUUUGAGUACCGGCGGCGACGUACGUCUUUUCAUGGCGAAGCUCCAUGUGGUUUCAGCUAGCCGUGAGAUCGGGACGACGCGGCUUCCAGCGAAAAUCGCGCCUGACUGCGGUCUUGGCGGACGAUGGUGGUGUCUCUAAUGUCGUUUUCUUCUCGAGGCAUCGUUGUUGCAGGUCAAAUCAACUCGAUCGGGAUGUUUCAAGGGAAACUCUAGAUCUAGGCCUACCGGAUCGGACGAUGACGGCGCCUUCGGUGUCGUUCUCCCUCAUGGGGGCAUCGUCUUGGAGCAAGUGCUGGCUGGAGGGGACAAGAUGAGAAGCGGUGUUAAAUGUACCGCAAGGCCGACUGCGGAUCCCGACGGCAUGGCGCUGCGGUGUUUCGGCGACGGGCGUGUGUGGAUGGAUACGUGCAGGAUGAUGCCGUUGUCUGGCGCCGGCGACAGGCCUGACAAGGUUGGUGCGUCAGUACCUGCUCUAGAGAUGGAUCGGUGUAAGACGGCGGCAGCGACCUCUAAGAGUGCGUCGGACCGAUGAUUUGAUGAUGAGGAGCACGUGCGUGCGUGCGUGCUUCACCCGCGUUGAGGACCGAGCGACGCCCGAUCGACGCACGCGUACGCACACACCUUCCCUUGGAGAUUCCACGCCACUGCUUUGCGCGCACGCCACGCCACUGCAAAACCUGGCCCGAAUAUGCACUCUCAGUCCGUCGGGCACUCAGACCCGGUACCGAUACCGAGUUACUGUCGCAUCGGCCACUCUUUAUACAUAACCUCAAGGAACAACACUAGCUCAAUCCUCCUCCAUCAAUCGCGUCAGGACCUAGCUCUUCUUCCUUCCUUUCUCCCACAAUCUGCAUACGGGACGAGGAGCAGCGACCAGCCGGCCGGCAGCAUGGCGCCCCCGGAGUACGUGCAGAUCGUCGGACAGGCACAGCCGGCGUGCGUGACGGCGCCGCUCCCGGUGGUCUGGCUGGAGGGGGACGUCCUCGCAGAGUACGUGCAGUUCCUCAAAGAGGCCGAGGAGGCCGCAGCACCGCCGCUUCCCGGCGUCAAGUGGCUGGAGGGGGACGUCCUCGCCGAGUACGUGCAGUUCCUCAAAGAGGCGGAGGAGGCCGCAGCACCGCCGCUGCCCGGCGUUAAGUGGCUGGAGGGGGACGUCCUCGCCAACUUCCUGCAGUUUCUCGGACAGGACGAGCAGGUCGUGCACUACGGCAGCGACAACAGCAGCAGCGGAAGCAACGACGGCGACUCCAUGUGUGAGGACGAAGAUGACGACGAGGAGGAGAUGGCGUAUCUGCUGCGGCACAUCACGAGCCUCCCGGCGUUCAUGGCGCGCGCGGCGGCCGCCACCUCGGUGUAAGAUUAAUCGGGACGGCCUCGUUCGGAUCAAGAGAUCUUAGAGAUGGUAGCUGCUUGGUUACUUCCUCCUGCUUUCAUGUGUGUUCUGUAACAGUGCCUUAUGCCUGAUGAAAAAGAACAAAGAUGAAAACGGCCUAAUUUUAUCCGUCACACAUGCGUGUUACCACUACUGCAUGCCUCUGUUUUUUUA